CACCGCGCCACCUUGCGUCACUAUCCAGCGCUUUCGGGAUCGGACGCGCAUUCGUUCGUUUUUAAUUCAUUCAUUCCACAGCAGAGGAGCAGGCGGCCCCGAUCGGUCUGCAGUUUCCAGCUGUCCCGUAUUGUUUAACGGAACUAGUAGAUAUGAACCACUUUGAAACGAUUGACAGGCUGUUGAAUUCUAUAGUGGACAGCCUAUUUGGAGAAAGAGAUACUCGCGUGAGAGGAUGGCUCCUGCUGGAUUCCUACACACCAACAUUCUUGCUCACCAUCACCUACCUCCUAACAAUCUACCUGGGAACAAAAUACAUGAAAAACAGACCAGCAUACUCACUGAAAAAUGUUUUACUGCUGUACAACUUCUCUAUUACUGUGUUGUCAUUCUACAUGCUGGUCGAGCUGAUAUCAGCAGUCUGGUCUGCCGGUUACCGUCUUCAGUGUCAGGGAUUGUAUGAAGCUGGUGAAGCAGAUAUCAGAGUAGCAAAAGUACUGUGGUGGUACUAUUUCUCCAAGCUGAUUGAAUUCCUGGACACCGUCUUCAUUGUGCUAAGGAAGAAAAACAGCCAGAUCAGUUUCCUGCAUGUGUAUCAUCAUGCUUCUAUGUUUAACAUCUGGUGGUGUGUCCUCAACUGGAUACCCUGUGGACAGAGUUUCUUUGGACCGAUGCUAAACAGUUUCAUCCAUAUCCUCAUGUAUUCUUACUAUGGUCUGUCAACCAUCCCAUCCAUGCACAAAUAUCUGUGGUGGAAGCGCUACCUCACCCAGGCUCAGCUGGUUCAGUUUGUAUUGACUAUAACACACACAGUAAGCGCAUGGGUCGUUCCUUGUGGCUACCCUCUGGGCUGUCUGAAAUUUCAGACCUUCUACAUGUGCACACUUGUCGUCCUGUUUGUCAACUUCUACAUGCAGACAUACAAAAAGAGAAGGCUGGAGGAUGGCAGAAUGGCUAAAGUUGGAGAACUUAAAAACAGUCAUUUGAAUGGCCUUUCAUCCUCUCUCAAUGGAGCCAACUCCAAACAGAAGCUGCAGUGAUGCCACGACAUGACCAAUAGAAUGGAUCGUCUCAGUCCAUUUAUGCUGAAUAUUAGCGUAAUAGCCAUAAUCAUCUGAUAAUCAAAUUGCAGUUUUUACAAUUAGAAUAGAACUUAACCAUUUUGUAUCUUUGUUUUACACGUGUUCCUCAAGUCUCAUAAAUGGAGCAAUGUAAAUGCUGUACAAUAAUUUUGAAGGGAAAAAUAUUUGUCCAACUAUUCAAAAUAAAUGCCUGUUAUGGAGUACAGCAUCUACUUUAUUACACAUCUUUGCUUAUCUCUAAUGGCAAGGAAAUAUUCUGUAAUUUUCCCUAAAUCACUACACUAUAUCUAUUGUUCAGCAAAAGAUGCCAUAGGCUACAGUCCUUUAUCUGAUAUGCUGAUAUAACCAUUUAUUGUAAUUGAAUAUAUUGGUAUGAAUGAUCACAUAACAUCAUACAGUAGCACUAAGACACCAAAUUUUCAUUAUCAGCCAUGGAUUGUGUACAGAUGUUAAGUUUCAUGAUAAAUGCCAUGUUAAAGACCCCAUAAAAUUGUUUGACAAAUGCAAUUUUGUAUUUCCUAUUGCUACAAGAGUUUGAGGUGGGACACAUCAAAGAGCAUGUCCUGUUGUUUAAACAGUGAAUAUAUUAAUGCCACAGCCAUGAACCAUGUUCUGCUACAUCUUAUUGCUAAUCUUGGCAGGUGCUACAAGCCACAGACACUCAUUCUGAAGUGCAUUUUAUUGGAAUGUCAUGAGUGCAGGUUGAGUCAGUAUUUUAAAUCUGUUUUACCAUUAAAUAAAGAUUGUACAUUUUAACUGUGUAUAUCUGCUACAUGUUAAUUGUCAACUUUUAAAAGUAGAUUAGAAUGUAUGACCCAAAGACACAAAACUUUGUCUUUGGUGCAAACCUGUAAUUUUUUUAGCCUUAAAAAAAAAAAAAAAAAAGCACAUAUGAAAACUUAAUGAUUGUCUUCAUACUAACAAACUAAAUAAAGCACUUGAAGUAUAAAAUGA